CGCGCCACUCGGGAGGCGGCUUCCUCCCGGCGCUGCCUCCGCGAGUCCGCGCGGCCUCGCAGGAGAAGCGGGAGGCGGCGGAGGUCGUCGGGGGCGGCGGGCGGCGAGCGCGCUCCCGCUUCCCCGGCGCCGGCCGCAGGACAAUGGAGGUGGCUGUGGAGAAGGCGGCGGCGGCCGCGGCGGCGGCGGCGGCGGUGGCGGCGGCUCCGGCCGGGGGCCCCGCGGCGGCGGCGGCAGCGCCAAGCGGGGAGAACGAGGCCGAGAGCCGGCAGGGCCCGGACUCGGAGAGCGGCGGCGAGGCAGCCCGGCUCAACCUGUUGGACACUUGCGCCGUGUGCCACCAGAACAUCCAGAGCCGGGCGCCCAAGCUGCUGCCCUGCCUGCACUCCUUCUGCCAGCGCUGCCUGCCCGCGCCCCAGCGCUACCUCAUGCUGACGGCGCCCGCGCUGGGCUCGGCCGAGACCCCUCCACCCGCGCCCGCCCCGGCCCCGGCCCCCGCCCCGGCCCCGGCCCCGGCCCCCGCCCCGGGCUCCCCGGCCGGUGGUCCUUCGCCAUUCGCUACCCAAGUUGGAGUCAUUCGAUGCCCAGUCUGCAGUCAGGAGUGUGCUGAGAGACACAUCAUAGACAACGUUUUUGUGAAGGACACUACUGAGGUUCCCAGUAGUACAGUAGAAAAGUCUAAUCAGGUAUGCACAAGCUGUGAAGACAAUGCAGAAGCCAAUGGGUUUUGUGUGGAGUGUGUCGAAUGGCUCUGCAAAACAUGUAUUAGAGCUCACCAGAGGGUGAAGUUCACAAAAGACCACACAGUCAGGCAGAAAGAAGAAGUGUCUCCAGAGGCAGUUGGAGUGACCAGUCAGCGACCCGUGUUCUGUCCAUUCCAUAAGAAGGAGCAGUUGAAACUUUACUGUGAAACGUGUGACAAACUGACAUGUCGGGACUGCCAGCUGCUAGAGCACAAAGAGCAUAGAUACCAGUUUAUAGAAGAAGCUUUUCAAAAUCAAAAAGUGAUCAUAGAUACACUAAUCACCAAACUGAUGGAAAAAACAAAAUACAUUAAGUAUACAGGAAAUCAGAUCCAAAACAGAAUAAUUGAAGUAAAUCAAAACCAAAAGCAGGUGGAACAGGAUAUUAAAGUUGCCAUCUUUACGUUGAUGGUGGAGAUAAACAAGAAAGGAAAAGCCUUGCUGCACCAGCUUGAGAGUCUUGCAAAGGACCAUAGAAUGAAACUCAUGCAACAACAGCAGGAAGUGGCUGGACUUUCCAAGCAGUUAGAGCACGUCAUGCAUUUUUCUAAAUGGGCUGUUUCCAGUGGUAGCAGUACAGCGUUGCUUUACAGCAAGCGGCUGAUUACAUAUCGGUUACGGCAUCUUCUUCGUGCAAGGUGUGAUGCUUCUCCUGUGACCAACAACAUCAUCCAGUUUCACUGUGAUCCUAGUUUCUGGGCCCAAAAUAUUAUCAACUUGGGUUCUUUAGUAAUCGAGGAUAAAGAGAGCCAGCCACAAAUAUCUAAGCAGAAUCCUGUCGUGGAACAGAGCUCACAGCCACCAGGUGGUUUACCUUCCAACCAGUUAUCCAAGUUUCCAACACAGAUCAGCCUAGCUCAGUUACGGCUCCAGCAUAUGCAGCAACAGGUAAUGGCUCAGAGGCAACAGGUGCAACGGAGGCCGGCACCUGUGGGUUUACCAAACCCUAGAAUGCAGGGGCCCAUCCAGCAGCCUUCCAUCUCUCACCAGCAUCCACCACCACGUUUAAUAAACUUUCAGAAUCACAGCCCUAAACCCAAUGGACCAGUUCUUCCUCCUUAUCCUCAACAGCUUCGAUAUCCACCAAACCAGAGUGUACCAAGACAGACAAUAAAACCCAACCCCCUGCAGAUGGCAUUUUUGGCUCAACAGGCCAUAAAGCAGUGGCAGAUCAGCAGUGGACAGGCCCCGCCCACAACUGCUAGCGGCUCGUCCUCCACGCCUUCUAGUCCCACAAUCACAAGUGCCGCAGGGUACGAUGGAAAAUCGUAUAGUUCGCCCAUGAUUGAUCUGAGCGCACCAGCAGGAGGGUCUUACAAUCUUCCAUCUCUUCCGGAUAUUGAUUGUUCGAGUACUAUCAUGUUGGACAACAUUGCAAGGAAAGAUGUGAGUGUAGACCACAGCCAGCCCAGACCCCCGUCAAACAGAACGGUGCAGUCACCAAACUCGUCAGUGCCGUCUCCAGGCCUUGCAGGACCUGUCACUAUGACUAGCGUCCAUCCCCCAAUACGCUCACCUAGUGCCUCCAGCGUUGGGAGCCGAGGAAGCUCAGGCUCUUCCAGCAAACCAGCAGGAGCUGAUUCUACACACAAAGUCCCAGUAGUCAUGUUGGAGCCAAUCCGAAUAAAACAAGAAAACAGUGGACCACCUGAAAAUUAUGAUUUUCCUGUUGUUAUAGUAAAACAAGAAUCAGAUGAAGAAUCUAGACCUCAAAAUACGAACUAUCCAAGAAGCAUACUUACUUCCCUCCUCUUAAACAGUAAUCAGAGCUCUUCUGAGGAAGCUGUGUUAAGAUCUGAUGCUCCUGAUAGCACAGGAGACCAACCGGGACUUCAUCAGGAAAAUCCCUCCAAUGGAAAGCCCGAGUGGCUGGAUGCCUCCCAGAAGUCCCCGGUGCAUGCUGGGGAGGCCAGGAAGGAGGACGACCCCAACGAGGACUGGUGUGCGGUUUGUCAGAAUGGAGGGGAGCUGCUGUGCUGUGAGAAGUGUCCUAAAGUGUUCCAUCUCACCUGUCACGUGCCCACAUUGACACAUUUCCCCAGUGGAGAAUGGAUUUGUACUUUCUGCCGAGACCUAUCUAAGCCAGAAGUUGAAUAUGAUUGUGAUGCUCCCAGUCACAACUCAGAAAAAAGGAAAAGUGAAGGCCUUACUAAAUUAACACCAAUAGAUAAAAGGAAGUGUGAGCGUCUGCUUCUGUUUCUUUACUGCCAUGAAAUGAGCCUGGCUUUCCAAGACCCUGUUCCUCUAACUGUGCCUGAUUAUUAUAAAAUAAUUAAAAACCCAAUGGACUUAUCAACCAUCAAGAAAAGACUUCAGGAGGAUUAUUGCAUGUAUACAAAGCCUGAAGAUUUUGUGGCUGAUUUUAGAUUGAUCUUCCAAAACUGUGCUGAAUUCAAUGAGCCUGAUUCGGAAGUAGCCAAUGCUGGUAUGAAACUUGAAAGCUAUUUUGAAGAACUUUUAAAGAAUCUUUACCCAGAAAAAAGGUUCCCGAAACUAGAAUUCAGGAGUGAACCAGAAGACAGUAAGUUGAGUGAUGACUCAGACGAUGACUUUGUGCAGCCCCGGAAGAGGCGGCUCAAGAGCAUGGAGGACCGGCAGCUGCUGAAGUAGGCGGUCCUGGCUAAGAGAAUGUCCUUUACAGAAACAAAGACAAAACCUUGUCAGUGAUUUAACAUCGUGACACAGCAGGGUAUGUGAGCUCUCUGAUGUGUUUUUGCUGUUCACUAGACUUUGGUUUCUUUAAUGACCCAUUUCUUUAACCUCUUGUCAUUGACAAUUUAAAAAAGAGGAAUGAAGGAAGGAAAUGUAUAGAAGAAUAAGAGGAGGAAGAAGAGGUAGGAAAAGAAGAAACAGCAAAGAAAGAAAAGACAUUCUUCCCACUUGGAUUUUAUACAACAAUCGGGAAUAAAAGCUACAAUAGAAAGAAAAUAGAUUUUGAAGUAAGUUGAGACUUUAGUGUGAUUUGAGUGUGUGUGAUAAUCCAUUUUUAGAAUAUUAAUGUCACUACCCAUUAAUUAUGGCCAACUGUAAGAGUUGGGUUUACUGUGCUUCAAAGCAACCCUCCCCAAACACGAGUGGGAAGAAGAGUUCUUUCCAGGGUACCUGCUGGGAAGGUGUGGACAGAUGCUGUUGAGACACCCAGUAGUGUCCGUGUGAGGUGGAAAGUGCAUUAAAGAAAAUCAGGAAAAACAAA